CAAUAACAAAACCGCAUGUUUUACUUUAUUUGGCGCAAAGCUAAUAGGUAGCUAGGAUUGGAUUGACGGCUGUGCAUGACCGGUGCUUGCGUUUCGACCGGAGCAAUCUUCUCACGAUUCUCUAAACCAUGGCCAACAACGACUUAGGAAGACGAGUCCUUAGGACAAAAGAGCGGAAAAGCUACCAGGAUAACCUUGAAGACGAAAUAGAAGGAAGAAGGCGAUUUGACGUGCACGAAAAGCUUAAAAGUGAUAAAUAUAAGUACGAAGGCAAUGAAUGUCUCGUGCGCAACAUGGAAGGGAAAGAUUUCAACCUCCAGUUUGUCCAAGAGCACGGAUUUACCUUUCCUUUGAGAUUCGAAAAACCUGAUGGACUUGGACUAAGGAUGCCGUCAGCCGCUCAUUUUGAUGUAAAUGAUGUCAAAUCAUACGUAGGUGCACGGCGAAUGGUUGAUGUUGUUGAUACGAGCACACAACAGCCUAUAGAAAUGACAAUGACGCAAUGGACAAAAUACUUUGCCACCCCUGAGAAGGACAGGAUUCUCAAUGUGAUCAGCCUUGAAUUCAGCCACACUGGAAUGGAUAGAUUGGUUGAACCCCCUGAGCUGGUAAGGAAGAUCGACUGGGUUAAUGUGAUGUGGCCCCCUGAUCUGAUUGAGCAGCAGACAGACACCACCAACAAUCUUGAUGACAUGAAGUACCCAAAAGUCAGAAAAUAUGUUCUGAUGAGUGUUGGUGGUUGUUAUACUGACUUCCACAUUGAUUUUGGCGGGACAUCUGUGUGGUAUCACAUUUUAAAGGGAGAAAAGAUAUUUUGGGUGAUUGAGCCAACUGAAGAUAAUCUUUCAAAGUAUGAAAAGUGGACUUUAUCAACAAAGCAGGAAGAUGUGUUCUUUGGUGACCUUGUUGAUAAAUGCUGCAUUGUAAAUUUGAAAGCUGGAGACACAUUCAUGAUACCUUCAGGAUGGAUUCAUGCUGUUUAUACGCCAGCUGAUUCCCUUGUAUUUGGUGGAAAUUUCAUCCAUAGCUACAGCAUUUCCCAGCAGAUUCAAGUCAGUGAGAUUGAACAUAGAACAAAGGUUCCAAAUAGAUUUAGAUUUCCGUUUUACCCACAAAUUCACUGGUACGCAGCAAAACGAUAUACCGAACUCCUUGAAAAAGAUUUGGAGUUGAGGGAACCAAAAUUGGAACCAUCAGAAGAAUUUUUAGAGAAUAAAGAGAACUAUGGAAACAUAAAAAAUGACUCAAAGAAGAGCUCUAAAAAGAUAAAGAAAGAAAAAAAUGGAGAUGCUCGACAAGAAGUAAUCUCACCUGAAACAGUGGAGGAGAAUCAAGUGAAUGAAAGCAAAGAUCAUGUUCAAGCAUCUGUCAAGUGGGAGCCUAUUAACCUAACAGAUUUUGAGGCAAAUGGUGUGAAGCAGCUGAUAAAGAGACUGCAAACAUGGGACAGGGCCAUCAAUAACUGUCCUCCUGAGAUUUCCGAACCACAGGCCCUUCUAGAUCGACUUGAGGAACUGGUUGAACUACAUGAGAAUGAUGAUCCUUGGUUGGCUGCAAGAGGGGUUGAUGCUUUUGAUCAGCUGGAUUUGUACAUGGAAGAAACGGGUUGCCCAACUCCCUACAUUCGCCGGCGACAGAAAGCUAAAGUCAUCAAUGGAGCAGAAAGUACAAAAGUGCGAAAACCAAAAGCACCAAGUACAUCAAAUAGAAAAAGAAGACUUCGAUGUGGUGACUGUGAUGGCUGUAACCGUGGAAAUUGCGGGGAUUGUAAAUACUGUUUGGACAUGCCAAAAUUUGGUGGACCUGGAAAGAUGAAGCAAUCAUGUAUCUACAGAAUCUGCUUAAAUCCAACAUUGCCUACUUCUGCCAAAUGUAAUAUAUGCAAUGAUGUGAAGACUGAAGAUGACAAUCCAAUUAUGGAAUGUAGCAUUUGUGCUAACCUGGCACACCCAGCAUGCUUUGAGGAAAAGGGUCCAUGUAAAAUAUCAGAAACAUUGAACAAUUGUUGGGAAUGUCCAAACUGCUGUAAAGAUGAAGAGGCUGGUGACUUUGAUGCAAACCUGGUCAGAGGAAAGAUGGACCCAUUGAAGAGAAAACUGGCUGCCUCAGUGGGCUCUACAGAAUUAAAGGAGGAUGCAACUAAAAAGCGAAAAAGGUCAAGUGUCACCAGUGACCUGACCAAAGACAGUAAAAAGACUUCUGUAGAGAGUGAUAGCGAAAAUGAGUCAGAAAGUGACCAAGAAAGCAUUCAAGCAAUGGAAGAGGAUGAUAGCACCAUUCAGCAGCCGAAAAAGAUCGUGAAACCAAAAGUGAAGCCCGUACAUGUACUUAUCAACCCCAUCAACCCACACUUUGUUGUCAGACCAAGGCCUUUGAGCCCUCCAGCAGAAGAAUUGCUGUUACAAGAUGGCCAACUUCAUCCUCUUUCAAGAAGCUUAUGGCUUAAAAUUUUUGGCUUCUUAUCACAGUCAGACAUUUCUAUUUGUAUGCGUGUCUGUCGCAACUGGAACAGAUGGGGACUAGAUGGCAAGUUCUGGAACCACAUUACCUAUUCUAGUAGAAAACUUGAUUCUCUUGCACUGUGUGGUAUAGUACGGAGACAACCACUUAGUCUUAACUUGGCACACUGCAGUAUUACCUUUAGUCAAAUGAAGUGGUUAUUAUCUCGUUUACCAAGACUCCAGACCCUAAGCCUUGAAGGUAACAGCAGUGCAGCCAUUUCUGCAAUGGUGUCAGGCACAUGCCCACUUCUUGAAGCUUUAGACAUAUCAUAUUGUGAGGGUGUAAAAGACCAUUUAAUAAGAGAACUGCUAUCACCAGCCAGGGAUGCUGUUGUGUCUAAAAAUAACAAAGGUCGUCUAAGUAGCUUAAAGGAACUUAAAUUAUCAUGCUGUGACAUUACAGAUGAAAGCUUGAAGAGUGUUUCACGAUUCUUGCCAUCCCUUGAAAAGCUUGACUUGAGCUACUGUACAAAACUUACAGAUGCUGGCAUUGAUGCAUUAACCAAUGAGUCUUCAAUCUGCCGAGACAAUUUGACUCAAGUUAAUGUCUUGGGUUGCACUGAGCUGACUAUUGUGUCACUCCAGCUAUUGAAACAGUGUGCAAAGCAUCCAAGAGUUUUCAUUGAGAAAUGUGACAAACUUGUUGAAGACUUGUAAAAUUCAUGUUUUUAUUAUAACUGUUAGUAGUUUAGUUUCAAAUUGACCAACUUGCAUUUGUAAGGCUUUUGUUGUGAACAGUUGAUGUAUGUCUU